GACUCAGUUCCUCCGAAUUGUCCCUGCUGCCCUUAUCACCCUUCACACGUUCCAUUGACUUUUCUGAGCACUCAUCGCUUUUGCACCCCUUACCCCAAGCACCGCAGUAGUAAUGGGUAUGAGAUAUAGGCGAUACCUGGCUGGAGCUCGUAUCUACGGUUGCGCUCACUGCAAGACGCAUCUGGCUACGAUUCACUCCAUGAUCUCUCGAGCGUUCAAUGGCCAACAUGGUCGAGCAUAUCUCUUUGAUGGAGUUGUGAAUGUCAUUGAGGGCGAACCGAACGACAGACAGAUGACUACGGGAAACCAUACCGUCCGAGACAUCUAUUGUGUGAAGUGUGGUCAGACACUGGGUUGGAAAUACGACCGUGCGUAUGAACAAUCCCAGAGAUACAAGGAGGCCAGCCACAUACCCCAUCGCUGUACUGCGGUAAAUGGUUGCUUGUCCCACACCGGUCUUGGUAUUCUUGCCCAUUCACCUUUCCCGUCAUCGACACUAUCGCCUCGGAGUAAUUGAGGUUGGGGCUGAGGCGCGGAGUUCUGCCCCCUCGAUAUCUACCCCUUCCUCUUCCCCCAAAUCAAUGUAUUCACCGAAUUUGCGAUCGAUUUCGCAGGAGUCCAGUACUAGCGUCGUUUCCAUUUCAUCAU